UGAUUCAUUUCCAAAAGAGUUUUCUUGUAAAAAAUGGCGAAACAUCAUCCAGAUCUCAUCUUCUGUCGAAAGCAGGCCGGAGUAGCUAUUGGAAGGUUAUGUGAGAAGUGUGAUGGGAAAUGUGUGAUCUGUGAUUCCUAUGUACGCCCCUGUACGCUUGUACGUAUCUGCGACGAGUGCAACUACGGAUCUUAUCAGGGUAGAUGUGUAAUCUGUGGAGGACCUGGAAUCUCUGAUGCGUACUACUGUAAGGAAUGUACUGUACAGGAGAAGGAUAGAGACGGCUGUCCUAAAAUCGUCAAUCUCGGCAGUUCGAAAACAGAUCUCUUCUAUGAGAUGAAGAAGUAUGGGUUUAAAAAACGGUGAUCGUGGCAAUGUGCCAAGGAUAAUGGGCAUUUUUGACCAGUUUUUUUUCAGA